GGACACUGUGGAUGUGAGGACACUGGAUUCUCUGUUGACUUUCUUUCUUCUUUUCUUUGUUUGGUUUCACUUCAGCUCAGUCAAACUUUUCAUGAAUCACAGCGCUGCAGUGACAUCACUUCCUGUUUCAGUCAGGUCCAAUCAGAAGACUUAUAAUAAACUCUCAGCGUCAUUCAGAGGGCGGAGCCAAAAACAGGAAGUGAGAGAAACAACUUGUUCCUCUGAAACACAGGAGAGCUCACACAUCAGAGGGACAGACCGAGACACAAGUGUAUCCUGAUGGACGACGUGUAUGAGGACGACCUCUGUUGGCUGCAGCUUGAUGAAUUCAGGAUGCUGCUCAUCAAAAAUAUCGAUCCUUCAAGAAUCACUCCAUACCUCCGUCAGUGUCAGGUGAUCAGUGCUGAGGAUGAGGAGCAGCUCUUCAAUGACCCCAGUCUCGUGAUCAGGAGGAGAAAAGUGGGAGCCCUGCUGGACAUCCUGCAGAGAACUGGGGUCAAAGGUUACACGGCCUUCCUGGAGAGUCUGGAGCUGGAUUAUCCUCAACUGUACAGCCGGAUCACCGGGAAGGAGCCCAACAAGACCUUCAGCAUCCUCAUCGACACAGCAGGUGAGUCUGGCCUGACUCAGUUCCUGAUGUCGGAGCUGAGCCGCCUGCAGAGGGCGCUGCAGGACGAGAGGAGGCGUCGUCAGCAGGCGUGCUCUGUGGCCAGAGAUCAGGAGGCUUCAUCUCGGCAGAAUCAGCUGAGGGACCGUGAGCUAAAGAAGAUGACUGAGCGCGUGCAGAAGGUUCGAGGUGAGCGCGAGCAGCUGAGCGAGGAAGUGAAGCAGCUCCGAGACCACAACUACAGUCUGAUGGCCGACAUCAACAAGCUGAACCAGGAGAAGAGCAGCGCCCUGUUGGCCAACAGGGACCUGCAGAUUGAGGUGGAGCGUCUGAAACACACAGUGUCGAGAGCUGAAAAUCAGACAAGACUGCUGAGACGAAGAACACUGAGACCACUGCAGCAGAGCAGGAGUCUGGCUCUGCCCACAGCCACCUUCUUCCAUCCCCAAAGACUGGAGGAGAUCAAAGAGGAGAAGCAGGAGGAGAAGAAGGAGGAAAAGGAGGAGGAGGAGAAGAAGAAGAAGGAAGAAGACACAAAAGAGGAGAAGCAGAAGGGUCCAGGUCCUCUCCAGAUGAACCUCCUCACUACAGUGUUUGGACUGAGGAGAGACCUCCACCGAGCAGAGGAGCAGAGAGCCAGGAGCGAGGAGGAGAAGGAAGAGUUGGAGCUCAGGUGUGCUCAGCUGAAAGGAGACGCGAAGAUGUACCGACAACGAAACAAACAAACCCUCCGACAGCUGGAGGAGGUGAUCAGAGAGAGAGACAAGGCUCUGUUGUCGAGGGUGGAGCAGCAGGAGGAGGCGCGGCUGCUCCUGCAGGAAAAGGAUCAGUACAGGGAGCAGGUCAGAACGCUCACUGAGCAAUCUGAUAAGCUGGAGCUCCUCCUGCUGCGGUCACAGGGGGAGGAGCUACAGCUGAGGACACGCCUCCGCAGACUCACCUGCAGAAGUCACCAGUGUGACAGGAGCAGUGAGGAGGAGGAGGAGGAGGAGCAGGAUCCUUCAGUGAAAGCAGCUAAAGGCAGCAGUGAGGAGGUGCCCAGUGGGACGUCGGGGGAGAACGAGGAGGCGUUGGUGCUGCAGCAGCUCGACUCUCCUGUAGGAGGUGCCACAGCGUGUGAACGGAAGACCAGGACUGCUGCAUCAUGGGAGGAGGAGACAGAUGGCUGUCGCACCUCCAGAGGUCGACCCAACUUCUUCUAUCGCAGGAAGCGGGCUGUCCGGUCCAAGCUCUGCUGUAAGGAGUACACAGCCGGUCACCUUGACGACAGCAGUGACAUCACUGACUCUGACUGAACUGAAGUUUAACCCGUUUCACUUUGUUUCACUUUGAGCUCUGACUGGAUUUUCUUUUUUCUCACCAAGUUGUUCUCAGGUUUUAUCAUCAGUCAUGUGAUCCGCUCAUCAAAUUACAAUUAUUACAGCUCAUCACACAGCAGGUCUCUGUUUAUACUCCCAACCAAGAGGGCAACUGCUAACUGCUGCUAACUGUACUGUGUUUAUACAUCCACCACUGUAGCUAGUGUUAGCUUGUUAGCUAAGUUAGCCAUGCAGCUUCCUGGGCUACUAGGGGACAACGGGAGUGAUGGACUGUUUGGAGAAAUGUUUUCAGGUCCAGGGCUAGCUGGUUAGCGUGCUAACUUAAGUAGAUGUUUCAGCAACACAAAACAAAGACGUCUAACUUCAACAAUGUACAUCAUCAUCAUGUGAUUUAAAUAUAAUUGACUGUGUCCAGUCUGAUGUUGCUGAUGAUUCUGUGUUUUUCUCUUUUAUUUUCAGUCAGAAGUUUCAAACAAUCAAAUUAAUGUGAGUAGCAGUUUAAAACAAUUAAAGCCACCCUGCUGAAAAUAACAGCAUAGACCAGCAUCAAAACCAGCACGAAAACCAGUACUGGUGCUCAUCUAUACUGUUAUUUUAAAGAGGGCAGUUCCAGUACAGAGUUUUAUUUUGAAAGAGGUGGGAGUCUUUCACAUUAAAACGUCCCAACAGUUUGUUUCAUUCUCUCUUUGACACAUUUAUACUUGUACAUGUUGAUUUAAACUGAGCAGUGUGUUGCUCUCCAUGUGUAACUGAAAUGUUCACACAAUAAAGUCUCUUCUCUGCUU